CUAGAGAUUUGUGACGUUUAUUUGAAUACGGAAGUGCGUCACUGCGCCGACGCGGGAAUCAGACGCAUGUGCGUGAGCAGUAAAAACAUCUGAACUGCUGUUUAUACAGGGAAGUUACAACAUUAUUUACCCUGUGUCACAAGUCAAAGCACUGGUCCAAAAUGUCAAAAAUUGAAAAGAUGAGUAUUCUGGGAGUGAGGAGUUUUGGAGUGGAAGAUAAAGACAAACAAGUGAUAUCAUUCUUCAGUCCUCUGACUGUACUGGUGGGACCUAAUGGCGCUGGAAAGACGACCAUCAUUGAGUGUCUCAAGUACAUCACUUCAGGAGACUUUCCUCCAGGAAGUAAAGGAAACACAUUUGUCCAUGAUCCAAAAGAUGCCCAUGAAACGGACGUGCGAGCUCAGAUCAGACUUCAGUUUAGAGAUGUAAAUGGCGAGCCUAUGGCUGUCCAGAGAUCAAUGCAAAGCACACAGAAGGGCAAGAAAACUGAGUUUAAAACCCUUGAAGGUGUCAUUACCAGAAUCAAGCAUGGAGAUAAAAUAAGUGUGAGCUCUAAAUGUGCUGAGAUUGACCGGGAGAUGAUCUCAUCAUUGGGUGUAUCGAAAGCUGUUCUCAACCACGUCAUCUUCUGUCACCAAGAGGAAUCCAACUGGCCUCUGAGUGAAGGCAAAGCCCUCAAGCAGAAGUUUGAUGAGAUCUUCUCAGCCACAAGGUACAUCAAAGUUUUGGAGACACUUCGGCAGCUGAGGUUAAAGCAGGCAAACACAGUUAAAAUGUGUCAGGUGGAGCUCAGGUACCUGAAACAGGAUAAAGACAAGGCUCAGGAGAUCAAAGAGCUGCUGGCAACUAAAGAAGCUCAGCUAGCUUCCUCCAAAGAGACUGUCCAGCGAAUCGAAAGCCAAAUCGACCCACUAGAGAACCGGCUCAAUGACAUAGAUGACAGCCUCAGUAAAGUGAUGAAGUUGGACAAUGACAUCAAAGCUCUAGAGAGCAGAAAGAAACAGAUGGAGGACGAUAACCGUGAACUAGAAGAAAAGAUGGAGCAGGUUUUUCAGGGCUCAGAUGAACAGUUACAGGAGAUGUAUCAGAACCACCAGCAUACUGUAAAGGAGAAAGAGCGGAGGCUCACUGAGUGCCAGCGUGAGCUCGAGCGAGCCAGACGAGAAUGCGAGAGAACAAACCGAAUCAAAUCCGACCUGCUCGUUGAGCAAGGUCGCCUGCAGUUGGAGGCAGAUAGGCACACACAGAACAUAAAAAAGAGGGACACCCAGGUGAAGAAUUUGGCAUCUGUUCUGGAGUUGGAGGGCUAUGAUCGGACCCCUCUCAGUGAGAGACAGCUCCAGAGUUUUCACAGACAGGUCAAAGAAAGAUUGGACCAGGACACAGAUGCCCUCAACCAAAGCAUGCGUGAUAUGCAAGAGAAAGAGGUGCAAAAGCAGCAAAACAUUGAUGAUCUUCGCGAUAAGAAGACUGGCCUGGAGAGAACUAUUGAGCUGAAAAGAGACAUGCAGGCGAAGAAGCAGCAGGAACUGAAGAACAUGAAGUCUGAUCUGCAGAGAUUAGAGGGCUCAUCUAGUAGACUGCAAGAGCUGGAGACUGAACUUCAGAAAGCGGAGCGUGAGCUUGAUAACGCCAUGCAGGCGUGUACAGUGGACAGUCUGAAGGCUGAAGUUAUUGAACUGCAGAAGGAAAAAUCUGGACUGGAUCAGGCCCAGCGUAAACUGGACCAGGAGAUGGAAGCGCUUAACACGCACACCACGGCACGUACACAGAUGGACAUGCUGAAGAAGGAUAAGAUGGAUAAAGAGGAACAGGUGAGAAAGAUCAAGUCAAGACACAAUGAAGAUCUUACGUCUCUGAUAGGACACUUUCCAAACAAGAGACAACUGGAGGACUGGAUCUACUCAAAAUCCAAAGAGAUCAACUCUACGAGAGAUCGGCUCAGUAAGCUCAACAAAGAGCUGGCAUCUGGUGAGCAGAAGAAGAGCCACCUCACAGCAGAGAUCAAGCGUAAGGAAGAGCAGCUGAGCAACUAUGAGGAGAAGCUGUUUAAUGUGUGUGGAAGUCAAGACUUUCAGUCAGACCUCAGCAGACUGCAGGAUGAGUUAGAGAAAUGCAACAAACAGAGAGCCAUGCUGGCAGGUGCCACAGCCGUGUACAGUCAGUUUAUCAGCCAACUGACUGAGGAGGGCGAGCCAUGCUGUCCCGUGUGUCAGCGCGUCUUCCCAUCAGAGGCCGAGCUCCAGGACGUCAUCAACGACAUGCAGUCCAAACUGCGCCUCGUCCCGGAUAAACUGAAGAACACUGAGCAAGACCUAAAGAGGAAAGAGCGGAAGCGGGAUGACAUGAUGGCUCUUAAGCCCAUCAGACAGUCCAUAGUGGAGCUUCAAGAGAAAGAGCUGCCAGAGCUCAGGAACAAACUCCAGAGUUCCAAUCGAGACAUCGAGAGGCUAAAGGGAGACAUAGAGGACCAAGAGACACGGCUGUCCACCCUUAUGUCCGAGGAGGACACAGCUAAGGCCUGUCUGCAGGACAUCUCCCUCAUGGACCGCUACCAGCUUGACCUGAAGGAUGUGGAGAGGAAGAUCGCUCAGCAUGCAGCCAAACUGCAGGGAGUCGAUCUCAGUCGCAGCAUGCAGCAGGUCAGCCAGGAGAAACAAGAGACCCAACACCGUCUGGACACCAUUUGCAGUAAGAUCGACCUAAAGAGGAAACUGAUCCAGGACCAGCAGGAGCAGAUCCAGGUCUUGAGGAGCAACAUGAAUGAGAUCCGCGGAGAAAAGCUGCAGAUCUCCAGUGACAUGCAAAAACGUCAGCAGCUGGAAGAGCAGUGUGUUGAGUUUUCCACCGAGAUCCAGACACUCCAUCGAGACAUUCGGGAGGCAAAGGAGCAGCUGUCUCCACUAGCUGUGACUCUGGAGAAACUCCAACAGGAAAAACAGGAGCUGGGGGAGCGCAGGAGACAGAAACAAGAGGAAGGACAGGAGAAGAUAAAUGCGAUCAAGGAGAAAGUUAGAAACCUGGCUCUAAUCGAAAGAGAGAUCACUCGGUACAUUGAAGAGGGCAAAGACGGCUAUAAAGAGCAAAAAGAAACCGAGCUACAGGAGGUGGAAAAACAGCUACAUGAGGCUGAAAAACAACGAGAGAAGAUCAAUAAGGACAUGGGCAACCUUCGGCAAGACAUUGACACUCAGAAGGUUCAGGAGCGCUGGCUCCAGGAUAACCUGACCUUACGGAAGCGCGUGGAAGAGCUAAAGGAGGUGUCCCGGAAACGCGAGGUGUUGCUGAAAGAGAUGGGAAACAUGCAGGUCUUGCAAUUGCGCAAUGAGCGUCGAGAAGUGGAGAGAAAGUUGGAGGAUCUCAAAAAGACCCGCAGCGUGGCUCUCGGCCGGCAGAGGGGCUACGAGGACGAGAUCAUGCGUUUCCGUAAGGAGCUCAGUGAGGAUAAGUACUGUCGGGCUGAGGAUAGCUACAGAGACAAAAUGAUUGUCAUGAGAACCACUGAGUUGGCUAAUAAGGACCUGGAUAUAUACUACAAAGCCCUAGACCAAACAAUUAUGAAGUUUCACAGCAUGAAGAUGGAGGAGAUUAAUAAAAUCAUUAGAGAUUUGUGGAGGAGCACAUACAGAGGACAAGACAUCGAGUAUGUGGAGAUACGCUCAGACGUGGAUGAGAACGCCUCUGCUGGUGUAAAAAGAAGGACAUAUAACUAUAGAGUGGUAAUGGUGAAAGGAGACGCAGCUUUGGACAUGCGGGGACGCUGCAGUGCGGGACAAAAGGUUCUUGCCUCUCUCAUAAUACGACUGGCUCUGGCUGAGACUUUCUGUCUGAACUGUGGGAUCCUGGCACUGGAUGAGCCCACCACCAAUUUAGACAGAGAGAAUAUAGAGUCUUUGGCACACGCCCUGGUGGAGAUAAUCAAGAGUCGCUCUCGUCAGCGCAACUUCCAGCUGCUGGUCAUCACCCAUGAUGAAGAUUUUGUGGAGCUCUUGGGACGAUCCAACUAUGUGGAGCAUUUCUACAGGAUCAAGAAGAACAAGGACCAGUGUUCAGAGAUCAUAAAGUGCAGCAUCUCCACUCUUAACACAUACCUGCACUAAAAACCCAUUACAAAUAAGUAACAAUCAGAAAACGGUAUGUUUGGCUGUGCCUGAUUUAUGAUCAGUUUUUCAAUUUUGGAGUGAAGUCUUAAUUAAAGGCAUCUCAGAUUCGCCCCCGUGAUUCCCAGAGCAAAAGUGCAAUUAAUAUUAAAACAAAUGCUAGCUAAUAUUUGCAUUCUUGUUGUACAGUUUGUACAUGUGUUUGUUCAGCUAAAAUUGUGAAUAAAAAAUAGAUUCUGGUUCUGAAA